AUGCCAGUUUUACAGGGACUGGAUUGGAAUCAACCACACACCGACGUCGAUAGUGUCUUGGAUGGCAUCGAAACACUGCAUUAUAUUUUGGCGGCAGAUGUUUUCUAUGACAUUACAGUUUUCAAGUCGAUCGUGCAAACCAUCGCUUUGCUACUCCGGAGAUUCCAGAAAGCCAUUUGCAUUUUUGCUUACGAGGAGAGGGAGUAA